CCUGGAUGUCGUCGCUUUCCUGCUCACUGUGGUUGUGACUGCUCUGUGGGUGACUCUUAAGUGCUGCUUGUUCUGCACCCGCAAGUGUUGCACAAAGGGGACUGCAAAGAGGAAAUCCGAGUAAAAAUUCCGAGAAAUUGUCAUCACUACAUCUGCCAGCACCUCCCAUCAAUUUCCUUUCUGGGUUAACGACUGAGGGUGUCUCAUCUUUCCAAACGCGUCUGAUCAGUCAGCGCUCAACCUCCUGCGCAGCAAUCAUGAUGCACGUUUACUGCACCGCAUUUGCCCUUCAUCUCUUCUCCUGGGUUGCAGAUUCAACAGGGAGCACCAUCGUGGGAGGGCGGGUUGCAAAGCCUCAUUCCAAACCCUACAUGGCAUCACUGCAAUACCAAGGAGCCCACGUAUGUGGCGGGAUUCUAAUCCGCGAGGACUUUGUUCUGACUGCAGCCCACUGCAAAAAGCCCGAGAUGACCGUCAUACUUGGAGCACACAACGUAGGCAUGCACGAGAAAACCCAGCAACGGAUCCCCGUGGCCAAGUUCCACCCUCAUUCAAAAUUCGACGGAAAAUACAACCACGACAUCAUGCUCCUAAAGUUGGAACGUAAAGCCAAACUGAACAAGUACGUCAAAGUGAUGCAAGUGCCCAAGAAGGAUGGGGCGAUCCCAGCCCGUACGAGAUGUACUGUUGCUGGCUGGGGCCAAACUGUGGGACGAUGUGAGGAGUCACCCACUUCAGACCUACUGAAGGAGACCACAGAGAAGAUCGAGUUCAACUUGGAGUGCAAAAACGUUUGGCAAUACCACUUUAAGUCAGAUCACAUGAUAUGCACCAGGCCUGAUCAGAGGGGAGGAGUUUGUGGGGGGGAUUCCGGAGGACCAUUAAUCUGCAACACCAAGAUUCAAGGGAUAACGGCCUUUGUUUACCGAGACGACUGCAGUGAUCGCACGAAACCGCAUGUCUUCACUAAAGUCCACCCUUUCCUUCCGUGGAUGAAGGAGGUGAUGCAGAGGAAGGUCGUGGGAUGAGCCCACCACACUAUUCCGUUUUACUUGCCAAAUGCUCACUCGAUAGCACGUUGACUUGAUUGCUCUUAGUUCUAAGAACAAAAGCAGCUACUGUUUAUUCAGAAAGAAAAUCUGUUGUUAAUAUUGCACGCAAAUAAUUGGAAAGCAAAAAUGGCUAGAUGUUGCUUCUGCCUUUCAUUUUCUAUUGGCAGAUAUAUAUAUUCCCGGAUGAAUAUGAUCAUGCCAAAUAAAUAGAUCUUUCCACA